AUGAACAACGAUUUGAAUAGCAACACUCCGGAGAAGGAGAUAGGAUUCCCGCCCAUUUCAAUACCCGUUCUACAAUAUUCCUCUAAUGAUUUCCUUUUCGACUUAGCUGACCAAGAAUCUGUGGAGAGAAGUGAACUCAACCCAAAAAAAACUUUCAAAAGCUUACUCAGAGAAAGAUGGGAGAUGGCAAGAGCAGAAGGCGCCUUCAAUUAUAAUUUGAAUUGUGUUUAUAGAAAUUUAGGUGGAGAUUUCAAUAUGGACAUGCAACUUAACGUUGAUAGAGGAGAACUAAGAAGAAAACCUUUAAAGUUCGAACACAUCAAAGAACCUUUUGAUUCAACCCAAUGGAACUUCACAAAACUUUUGCCUAAAGAAAUACUUUUUUAUCUGAAGUCUACUGAUACCCCAAAUGAGGAAGAUUGUUCUACUGAGCAUAUCGUAGCUGUUAAUGCUAGUCCCCUAGAGAGAGAUCAUAGCUUGAUAGUUCCAUCGGUCAACAAAUGCUACCCCCAAGUUCUGACACCAACGGCUAUCCAAUUGGGGGUUGAUGUGAUGCUUAUGGUAGAUGAUAUAGACUUCAACAUUCUUUUCAACAGUGUUCUUGGACAGGCCUCUGUCAACCACCUUCAUUUACAUUGCUUAUAUUGGCCCUACAAAUCUGAUUUGAUCUAUAGAAAGUUUUCAAAAUUAGGGAACUCGGAAGUUUACGUCAUCGAACCCCCUAAAUGGCUAUGCCAAGCGUUUGCGUUUCAGCUCAAAUCAAAAGAUGACUACCAGCAGUUCAACAAAAAUCUGACUUGCUGCACCAAGUUGCUCUCGGAUGCAGGGCAAGCUCAUAACAUUUUUAUGACUCGUGCUCCAACAAUUCGAACUGAUGGACCAGACUGGGAAAAAGAUGCUGGGGAUUCCCAACCUAGUUUCGUAACAGCCUACGUUUUUCCUAGAAAAAAUAUGAUAGGUGCCAAACCUCCAACAAAUUUCAAUCCUGCUGCUAAUGAACUAGCAGGUUGUCUAACCUCUUACACGAAAGAGUUCUACGAAACAGCUAAUGAAGCUAUGUGCGUGAGCAUAAUCAGAGAAGAAGCAACAUUAUCGGAGCAAGUGUUCCGGGAGCUCUCCCAGUCUCUCCAGAAUCAUUUAAACUCUAGCUGA